AUGAAGCUUACUUGGCCCAUACUCUGUGUGUGUUUUAUGGUUUACCGCCCAUCGCUUGGACAGGAUGCUAGGACUCAAGUGCCCAGUGAUGAACCGAUCGCCGCUCCUGGCUCGAUUCCUAGUAGAACUCCGAUAAUUUCGGCGGUACCCAGCUCUAGUUUUGCUCCAAGCCAGACUCCAUUCGCAACACCAAGGCCGACGCAGCCGCCGAGUCCCCAGGGGGCACCUUGCUCGCUCCAGACAUGCUGGACCUUUGAUUCUAUGCAAAACUUGGCCGCAGCUAUCAUGACCGAUUUUUGGACUCGAGAAAAAUUCUGCUUGUGCCCUUUUGACUUUCGUUCCGCAGAAGCCUGUACAGGAGUUCGUGUUGAUACGAUUUUUAUCGAAAACGGUCGGAAUGUGCAUGUAACCUGUGCGUCCACUGAAUUAGAUUCGUGCUUGAUGGGUUGCAGUCGCUUGGCGUUCGAGAUUCAGCGAGGAAGUUCGCUCUCGUUAACCGGUAUUAGCUUCACUGGUGGACGUUUAUUUUCGAGGGUGCUUGUCUCGGGUGGCGCAAUCCUGACUGGAAACAACCUCAAGUUUUUCGAUACAAGCGUCACAGAUCUACCGUCUCGACGAGAUUUAGUGGGCGAGGUCAUAGAAAAGAUAGGGUCACGUUCACUGCAGGCAGCCAAUGGCAACGGUGCUGGAAUUCUGAGCUUCGGAGAAUUGCAUUUGCAGGACACAGUAUUUGAGCGUUGCGUAGCUGCAAAGGCUGGGGGAGGCAUCUUUUCCGCCGGUUUGGUCAACAUGACUUUCAGUAGAUUCUGGGACAAUACAGCUGCUAGAGGUGGCGCUUUGUACGCAGAACGUGGUGAAGUGGUGUUGAGAGAAAUAAUUGUUGGAGAGCCGACUAGUUCACUGGUAUCCACAAAUCCGCGGAAUUCCAUUUAUCUGGAAGGUAAUGUUUUAAUCCGCUGCAGUAGCUUGGGCAUAGGCGGAAUCUUAAAGGACACGUGCCUCACGUCAGGGGUCGGAUUCAGGGAUCAUACAAAACUGGCGGUAGUUUUAGCUCUCACACUCGGUGCCCUACUCUAG